AUGAAUGGGCCGAGGAUUUGGUCUUUGUUAUUGCAUGAGAGCAUCAAGCCAGAACCAGUGGAGCAAACUUCCCAACAUGGGCGUUUUGAGCCAGCUGGCAGUUUGGAAGAUCCACCUGCGAUGCGUGGUUCCAAGGCCUUUCUGCAGUCGGAGAGUCUACCAAAGCCACCUGAGCCAGCUGUGCCAGCUGGGGGACCUCCAAGUAUACCUCGAGCCUCCCUUGCCUUUGUUGGGGAAGGCAAUUUUGUUCUAGAUGCUACGCCUGAAGAUUUGGCGUGGUCUCCACAUACAAUUUCUGUGGUUCUUCCAUGCGCAGAAGAGCGUGAACUGGCGUUCAAAACGGUGAAGUCUGUCUACGAGUCGACUCCUACGGAUGUGUUGCAUGAAAUUGUGGUGGUUGAUGAUGGCAGCAAUCCACCACUUUCUACAACGCAUCUGAACGAAGAGGUGAGGCAGAAAUACAAGGUUGUGAUCAAACGCCACGAGCAGACGGUCGGCCUCAUUGGAGCCAAGCAGACUGGAGGAGAUGCAGCAACUGGUGACAUCAUCGUCUUCUUUGAUUGCCACGUGGGUCCCCAGCCCAAGUGGUACGUCGACUUCCUCACGCUGAUUGGAGAAAAUUACCGCAGAAUGGUGAUUCCUCAAAUCACAGGGCUGGAUAUCGACACCUGGACACAGGUUGGAAGUGGAGGAGGAAUGUCCAAGUGCUACCUGACCUGGGAUGGGGACUUCAAGUGGGGUGGCACUGAUGACAUGUACAUGGGCAUGUUGUCUGGUGGCUUAGCAGGAAUGUCCAGAUACUGGUGGGACGAGAGUGGAGGCUUUGAUUCCAAGAUGUUGGGUUGGGGUGGUGAGAACAUCGAUCAGGGCGUGAGAAUGUGGGUUUGCGGCGGGGAAAUUGUCGCAGCACCUCGUUCGCAAGUUGCACACAUGUGGAGAACUCACUCCGCAAAGACCAGCGCGCAUUACAAGCGCGUCGGAGACACGAUGUUCAAUCGAGCACGAGCCAUCCAUGCCUGGCUCCAAGAGUUUAGUGACAAGCUGUACGAUUAUCCUUCCUUUGCAAAUCGGAAAAAGAACGGUGGUGAAAAUUGGAUUGGCGACAUGAGUACCUUUCACAAUGUUCGGAAGAGACUCAAUGGCUGUCGGCCAUUUGCCUGGUACCUCAAGCGGUUCAAAGCCGUGUACGAAGAUGCUGGUCUCAUCCCUGCCGAGAUCUUCAUGAUUCGCGAGGAACAAAGUGGGAUGUGCUUGCACUUCUUGGGUCCAGCUGGUACAAGCGGAUCUGGAUCUGAGGGAGUUAAGCUGGCACCCUGCGACUCGGACAACCAUCGUUUCUUUUGGCACUUGGGCAACCGCAACCGGCUGAAAUGCUGCAGCGGUCUCCGAGCCUGGAACACCGAUCAAUGUUUGCAGGGCGGCCAGAGUGGUGGCCGUGCCGUGACCAGUAUUUGUGAGCUGUCCGGAGCAAAUACUGCCCAAGGAUGGUCGUUGACCAGAGAUGGCCAACUGCAACGGGGCAGCUCAUGCAUCGGAUCCAAUGGCAACGUGCAACAGCCUGGCUUGAAAGAGGCUCCCUGCAUAUCUUUCCGAAACAAAGGAAGUGCAGCAAGGUUUUCCAAAUGGGGUGCCAAAGUCCCGCUAGAGACCGAGCUCUACCGGAAAGCCCAAAGAGAGCAUCCGGAGGUCUUUGCCCGGCUGAAUGCCGAGAUGGCGUCGCCGCAGGUCAAUCUGCCAGCCAGAUGUAAAGAGAGAGGUAGAAAGUGCUGGAAGCUCUUCUGGUCCGAUGGACAAUGCCUCGACAACGAAGCGCAAUUCGUGGACCCUCAGGGUGAAUGCGGCUUCUUCAUCUACGAAAACGAACAAAUGAAGCAGGCUGACUCGAUGGCUUGCCUGGACACUUGGUCAGAUGAGGAUGUGAACACCUGGGGACUCUAUGAGUGCCAUUCGGGAGACAAUCAAAAGUUUGCAGAGGUUGCUAUGAAAGAAGGCCCCCAGAUGCUGUGCAACCACCCAGUGAAGGCGAAUGUGGCAUUCUCCUUUAAACAGAUCGAGUUUGAUAGGCUGAGCAUGAAGUUGAAAUGCUGUCGUUUCUCUUGGAGGAGGCACACCAAUUUUCAGCAUGAAAUCAGUCUGCUCAGUCUUCAUGAGUUGCUGUUGCCAAAAUUUGGCAGCGGAGCCAUGAGCUCGGAUCCAGGGGUGACCACCUCUUUCCAGGGCAGAGAGCCCAAUCCUCCGUCUUGGGACGGCGCAGAGCCUUCGCUGCAGUUCGCUGUAUACAAGAAGAAUGUGAGACUUUGGGAGUUUGAAUCAGAAGUAGAAGAGAAGAAGCGAGGCGUCAGGCUUUUGAGGAGUUUGACGGGGGUUGCAAGGGCUGCUGCCGAUAGUUUGGAAUUUGAAGAAAUCACCAGCACCAAAGGAGUGGAAAACAUUCUUGGAUGUUUGGAAAAACACUUUGCACCUCACUUAGAGGUUUCGUUGCCCCGUGCCUUUGAGAGGGCGAUCUAUGGAAACCCUAGGUCCCACAAAGAGAGCAUUCAAGAAUACCUGAUCAGGUCAGAGCAGGCGUUCCACCUUUUAGAAAAAGAAGGGGUCAAGCUGCCAGAACAGGCUGUCGGCUAUGUGAUGUUCAGGCAGGCUGCUCUGACAGAAAAUCAGGAGUUGCGCUUUGGUGCAUGGGCUCAGGGCAAGUAUGACAAGGGCACGGUGGUCUCAUGCUUGCGGAAGCUCGACAAAGUGGUGCUGGAAUCAAAGGGCAAGUCUUCAGUGGCAUAUAUGCAGGAAGAUGAUGAUGCAAGCGAUUCGAUGCAGUUCUCAGGGGACUACAUCGAGAACGAGGCCUAUGUCCUUGAUGAGGGUGAGGCGUUGGAAGAGCAAUAUGUGUACCUUGCUGAACAUGAUGAGAGCAGGAUCUAUGAUGAAUCUGAAGUGCAGAUGGUUUUGGCGACCUACCAGGAGGUGAGAAAGGCCAUACAGGGUCGUCAGAAAGGUCGCCAAUACUACAACCCUCAGAAGGGCAAGGGCAAGGGGCGAGGCUCACCUUGGCAAGACUUUGUCAAGGACAAGAAGCGCAUCCACAUAGAACAACUCAAACUUCGAACCCGUUGUGCGAAGUGUGGCAAUGUGGGACACUGGGCGAAGGAAUGCAAGAACUCGGAGGAUUCCCGUGGCAAAGCUUGUCAGUUGCGGGCUCGUGGGCUUCAAGAAGUUUGGAUUGACAAAGUUUGCAAGGCACAUGGAGUUGGAGGUCAGGCAAAGGUUGUUGGCAUGGCAGCACUUCCACUUGGUUUGGCGGGUUGCAGUGGCGUUUUAGAAGUUUCAGUCAUCGAAGGAGAUGUUCCAUUACUUUUGCCUAUCAAACUCCUUCGUGGUCUUCAAGCAGUUGUAGAUUUGAGUUGUGACAGCAUGCACUUGAAAAAGUUGCCUACCAUGUCGCGCGAUCGCCUUGCUCUCUUCCGCCACGCCUUCAAUCGUCCAAGUGCGGACUUUCAGCUGGUGGAGGAGUCCAGAGCUGUGCAACGCAAUCCCAAGAGAGCUCUUGCGCAUUGGCGACAGAUGCUGGACAAGGUGCACAUGCUUCAAUCUUUGAUUGGGCUCGAGGACUCGGUAAAUUCAUGGCUGCCAGCGGCAUCGAUGGGGGUUCAGUCUUCUCCGCCAUCGCAAGAGCAGCUGGCCGCGGCAAUCAUCGGAGCAGAGUCCCUCGCGCCUCAGAAGUCCAAAGUGGAGCCGCCGAAGAAGGUUUCGGAGUGCACCCACCCUGCGGAGAGGCUUUCAACUUCGCAGAACCAGCAUGCGGCAUGGAUCCUGUGUUGGGAUCGCAAUGCCCGUUGGAAGAUUUCCAAAGAAUUUGCAGGGCUGAAGACAAAGAAGGAGAUGGCAGGAAGUGCAGCCAAGGCGCUGAUCGCGCCUUCGACGCCGGCGAGUUCCGCCGAGAUCUUCAAGCAGGAGGCAGAGAUCCAAGCCCAAGAGCGUGCUCAAACCAUGUACAACGAGCAGAUCGAGUCUUUGCAGCAUGUGGCCGCCAUGAACCAGACAGAAGUGCGUCAGUUGCGGAUGGAACUGACGAAUGCGGUGAAGAAUCACCACAUCACCGAGAUCAUGAUGAGCGAGUAUGGGGCCAUGGCGAUGGGUGCUCGAUACAUGGAGAACAAGGGCUAUCACGACAGCGAGAUGCAUGCCUACGCUCUGAGGCGCUGGGAGAAUGUGACAGAGGUGCAGGCGCUGGAUCAAGUGUUGGAGGAGUGUCGGGUGGAAGAGAAUGCAUUCCCUGGAGAAGCCCAGGGCACAUGGAUGAAGUUAGAAGGUGCGUCGAUGGCAGAAAGGGGGGCAGUCAUGGAGGAUACAUGUCCGGAGGAGAGAGAGGUCUCCAUGGCAAAAAGUCUCAAGACCAAGUUGAGAAAGGCUUUGAAGGAUGUGGCUUCAGCAUGUUUCUCUGUGGACGUGAGUGAGAUAUACAGCCCUCCCCGUGUCACGACGGAGGCCAAGCGGCAGCACUUGAAAGCUGGAGGCGCUUACGACCUCAAAACCGGCUACAACCUCAGAAUGACCAAAGACUUGCAACGCAUGUGGAAUGAGCUUCAUGCUGAUGACCCAGAACUCUUGCUGGGGAGUCCUCCUUGUACACCUUUUUCGCCGCUUCAGGAGCUGAACUUUCCGAAGAUGGACUUUGAGAAGGCAGUGACGCUUGUUGGAGAAGGUUUGGAGCAUGUGGUCACAACAUGUGCGGCGGCCAAAUGGCAGUACAAGAGAGGCAAAAUCUUUGUUUUGGAACACCCACUUCGUUCCAAAGCAUGGGAGGAAGAAUGCAUGCUGGAGUUGAUGGGCUUACCAGAAGUUCAUGUCUGCGUGGUGGAUCAGUGUGCAUAUGGGCUUCGAGUAGGUGAGAAGUUGAACAAAAAGCCAACUUGCUUCAUCACAAAUAGUCCUCACAUUGCACAAGAGCUGAAACGCAGAUGUUCAGGAGAUCACGAGCAUGAUCACCUGCUUGGAGGCAAAGCCGCUGCUGCGGCGAUCUACCCACCAGGGCUGUGUAAGGCCAUUGUACGUGGUCUGAAACGACAUCUCCGUCACCAAAGGGGCCCUUGUCGAGGAGUUCCAUGUGAGGCACUAGCAGUUUUGGCGACAGAGGUGCUUCCACCCCAAGAUGCUGACGCCCUUGAGGACGUCUUCCCAGAGGAGAUUCAAGAACCUAGAGAAAGCCAGAAGGAGAAGCCAAGAGCGGCUGUAGAAGUCUCCAGUGAGGACAAAGCAAAAGUCAUGAAAAUGCACGUGAACCUGGGCCAUCCUGCAAGAGACAGCUUUAUCAGAUUUCUGCGAGCGGGCAGGAUUCGUGAGGAGGUGGUGCGUUGGGUCAUCAGAGAGUUUCGUUGCGAGAAAUGCAUUGGAAGAGCACUUCCCAAAGCACCGAGGCCAGCUGUGGUGCCUAAGUGCUACAAGCCUGGAGUUGCGGUGGGGUUGGACUUGUUUUACAUACCAGACUUGAUCAACAAGAGGUCAUACCCCAUUCUCAACAUCCUUGAUCUGGGCACCAACUACCAAAUGAUAGAGCUGUUGGACAACAAAGAGCCAAGCUCAUUGUGGAGGGCCUUUUGGAGAGCGUGGUGCAGAACUUUUGGUAUGCCGCAGUAUAUCUCUGUGGACGAGGGUUUGGAGUUCAGAGGAGACUUCACCCAGUGGUGCGCCGGGUUUGGCACAGUGGUUUUCCGAGCAGCAGGAAGAGCUCCAUGGCAACAAGGUAAAGUGGAAAGACAUGGAGGUUUGAUGAAGGAUAUGAUCGCGAAAGCUCGAGAGUCGGCUGCUCUUGAGUCUCGUGAAGAACUACGUCUUUUGCUGCCAGAGUGCGAGUGUGCCAAAAACAGAUUUAUGAACCGGUCUGGGUACAGUCCGGUGCAGCGGCAGGUGGGCCAAUGGCCUCGUUUGCCUGGAUCGCUGAUGAGUGAUGAAGCUCUAGACCCUGCACUUCAGAGCCAGAAUACCACAGAUGACUUCGACAGGCUUUUAGCCCUUCGAAAGAUAGCCCAAGAAGCUUUCGUGAAGAUGGCAAGUCAGGAGGCGGCAGCCAAGUCUUUGAGGGCGAGGCCGAGGUUGCAGCGUAUGUUCAAAGCAGGUGAAGUGGUUUAUGUUUUCAGGGCCUUGCGCAAAAAGAAGUUGGUCCAUGGAGAGGCAAAGGCUUCAAGAGGAGCAGGUGGAGGCAGAAAAGCAACAUGGGUCGGUCCAGGCCAUGUACUAGCCAUGGAAGGUUCAGUGGUUUGGGUCAAUAUGUUCGGUGAGCUGUGGAGAGCGUCAGUGGAGCAGACCAGAGAAGCCACUACGAGCGAGCGCAUGGGAGUUGAGAUGGUGGCAGAGGACUUCAGUGAGAUGCAGGAGCGUCUGAAGAGAAGUGCUCAUCGCUCAGGCUAUCGAGACGUCACAGGUGAUCUUCCAGAGGAAGAAGAACCAGAGGUAGAUGACGUUGAAAAAGAAGGCAUUGAGCGAGGCAGACCCAGAGUGCGUUUUGAGGAAGAAGAAUAUGAGCCUGGCACACCUUUGCCAGAAACUCCGGAUGAGGAGCUUCAGUUGAGGAGCCGCAGAAUGUCAGAUGCCACAGUGCCAGAACCAGACUGCGAACAGGUGUCCGCAGUCAACACACCUAGACCUGCAGGAGCUCAACCUGAUUCUCUCACCUUUCCCAAUGCUCAGGACGUACAACAAGAGCUGGAUCAGUUGGAUGAGACUGCUCAAGCUGUGGCACAAGAGGCCAUGACACAAUCAGUCAUGCAAAACAACGUCCUAGAUGGGCUUCCUGAGAACUAUGGUGCAGCGAGAGGAAGUGUGGCCCGACGUUGGGAGCGGAGACAUGAUAGGCCAUAUUUUUCAGAAGUCUUUUUGAUGACAGAGGAUGAGAAGGUUGAACCAGCAGGCCCAGAUCCAACACAGGAUUACUGGGUGUAUGAUGAGCAUCGCCAUGUUCUUCAAAGGCAUCAUGUGCAGUGGAGAAAAGCCCUCUUCAAUCCCUCACAGGUUGAAGAAAGACCAGUUCCUUUGAGGGCUUUGAAACAACAGAGGAUCACCAAACGUAUGACUGCAAAGGGCGUAGAGGAGGUCAAAGAUGUUUGUUCGUUGUUUUCGAAGCGAGAGGAGCGUUUUGAGUGGUGGAAAGGCAUUACAGAGUUUGAGGUAGAUGCCCACUACCUGAAUCAAGGUCCAAAGGCAGCAGGCAAAAAGAGAGGCGAAGGAGAGGUGUUUGCACAUGAAAUCCCGGAAGAAGAGUGGCCAGCAUGGAAAGAACAAGACCUUGAGGAGUUCAACAAGAUCGUCAAAAGCGGCGCUCUCAAGGUGCUCAGUUUGGAGGAGUCAGAGAAGGUACGUCAGGAGUUGAAAGAAACCGGGAAGCUUGACAGAAUUUUGCCAAGUAGGAUGGUCAGAAGAUACAAACCAGGAGAUGCUCCAGGGUUGCCCAGAACGAGAAAGUCAAGGUUUUGCAUCAGAGGAGAUAAAGAUCCAGAUGCCAUUUACCUGUCACGUUUUGCACCCACGGUGACUACAUCCAACUUGCAGAUUCUUUUUCAAGCGGCGGUGAACAAGGGCUUCCGCGGUGUAGUGGGAGAUCUCAAGUCAGCUUUCACUCAAAGCCUUCCACUUUUUCGAGCUGGAGGAAAGCUUUACUGCAAGUCGUGCAAUGGCUCGAUGCCGGGUCUUCAAGAAGGUCAGUUGGCUGAGAUUGUUUUGGGAUGCUACGGAUUGUGUGAUGCGCCGAUGCACUGGCGCAAAACUUUGGUGUCUUUCUUGACCCAGACUCUUGGCUACAAGCAAUCAGCGCUUGAUCCUUGCACUUUCCUACUUCAUGGUCCCAAAGGAGGCUCUAAAGUAUGUCAUGGCGUAGACGCAGAAGAACAUGUUUUGCAUGGUAUGGUGGCUGUGGAGAUCGAUGAUCUUUUGAUGUUUGGCGACAGUGUCCAUGAAGAAAAGAUGAAAGAGCUUCAGCAAAAGUUCACCUUUGGGAAGAUUGAACCACUUGAUGAGCGAGGAGUGAACUUCAAUGGUCGCCGCCUGAGACAAGUUGGCGACACAAUCUUUGUCGACAUGAAGGCCUUUGUGGAAGAGCGAUUGGAGACAGUGGAGCUUGGAAAAGAACGUCAAAAAUGUAAAAGAGAGAAGCUGACUGAUGAUGAAGUUAGCUUAGUGAGAAAGGCGUGUGGUUCAUUGAACUGGGCAGGGCGUGAAGGCCGUCCAGAUGCAGCUGCUGCAGCAUCUAUGUUCUCCUCUACCAUGUUGGAGAUGACCGUGGAGGAUGUAGCUGAAUUGAACCGAGUGAUCCUUCGCAUUAAGGAGACCUCAGAGAUGUCCCUGCAGAUCCAAGAAAUUGAUGAAGCUCGCCUUCGAUGGGGCGUUGUCACAGAUGCCUCGUAUGCCAACGCUCGUGGAGGAAAAACUCAGGGAGGUCAUCUUCUUUUGGCCUUUGACCAGGACAUGCUGAGUGGCAAGUUGGCAAAAUGCAAUCUGCUCCAUUGGAAGAGCGGCAAGUUGCCCAGGACGGUAAACAGCACUUUGGCAGCCGAAACUCAAUCUUUGGCAAGGGGCAUUGGUGAUCUACUUUGGAUGAUCGUCAUGUAUGCAGAGGUGGUCGAUCCGAGCUUUGAUCUUCGCAAUUGGCGGAGGCAUGUCAACAAGCUGGGCUAUACAGCCUUCACCAAAAAUGAAGAUGGAGAUGAGAUGGCCGGAGCGGUAGCAGUGGUGGAUGCGAAAUCUCUGUUUGACGUUUUGGCCAACGAGACGAAUGGUGGAAGUGACCGACGCACGGCACUUGACGUGCAAAUGCUGAGAGAAGAAUUAGCAGAGCUUCACGGAAAAAUUCGAUGGAUAGACCAUAUGCACAUGCCAGCCGACUGUUUGACGAAGAAACGCGGUAGAGUAGAUCAACUGGUGUCCAUGUUGCAAACCGGAUUGUUUGGAAUCACUGCUGAAGCUGUUACUUUGGGUUGUCGUUUGAAUGACAGAGAGCAACAUGGAUAUAACCGGCGAUAG